GUACAGUACAGUGCACUAGUAGAGACAGGGGAGGGGGAGGCGGGGGGAGAUCAAGUGUGACUGGCGCCGCGACCAGCUCACUGAGCGCGCGGGCCACCCGGACCUCUCGCACAGACCCUCCAGGUGGGGCUUGAAGCCAGGCGACGUGAACAUAGUGUUGACCGGGGGCAGCACUGAGCCUCAGCCGCAACCUCAAGUUCAGCCUCAGCCCGUCUACAGGAUUCAGAGCCUCGCGAAGAGAACUAGCGACUCCUGUUCGAUUGGUUACGACGAGGCCUACCAGGACAUGUACGGAGCGUCCGACCGGCUGCAGUACGGGGACUGCUUCGCCGACACCGCGCCCCCCGGCGCCCCCCCGGCCGACACCCCCGCGCCCCUCAGCAGCCUGGACGAGAGGAUCUCCCGCGCGCUGCAGGGCACCGUUCUCGGCGAAGUUGCCAAAGAAGUCACAUCGACUGCUGGAGAGGGCGAGGGUCGGGAGAGGGGCAUCCUCGUCACGAGGCCCCCCGCGGAGCCGGCCCGCGCCCCCAAGCGCGUGAGCUUCGCCGACGGCUACGAGCCCGGACAGGACUCCGACAUAGAGGAGCCUCCCGUCAAAAAGGCCCGCAGCAGGGCCCCCCCGGCGUCCCGGGGCUGCGCGUGGCCGUGCCCGGCGUGGCACCCCGACCACGUGCCGCUGUGGGACGCGCUGCCGCCCCCGCCGCCGCCCCCCGGCGACCCCCCGCCGCUGCAGCACCUCCUCGCCAAGUCGGCGCCCCCAACAGCUCGGCCUCCGCCCUUCAUGCCGCCGGAGCCCCCGCCGGGGAUCCUCUCCUUUUAAUUAGUUUCGAAAACAAUUAUAAUAAUUUAAUUAGCGCAUUGAUAUAAUUGAACAUUGUUUUUCAUUUUAAAAUGAACCUUAGUAUUUUGACACUAUUAGUUUAAUUUUAUUUUUCAUUUGCAUAAGAAAUUGAAAUGCCGAAAUAAAUAAAUAAAUAUCUACAUAAUAAGCGUUAGUUAAUUUUCGAAUUCAUAUUGAAGAAACAUGAGGUUUUUUUUUUAAGUCCUUGUAAAUUUACGUAUUCGACUUUAAGGUUAUACGCAGAAGGGUUAUAUUUGUAUAUUUCUCUUUGCUUUAAUGGCUUUACCGUUCUUCAGUUCAGUAAGUGGACUACUCUAGCUCGAACUGUUGUAGUUAUUGGGCGGGGAAUACGUGCUAUUGAUUAAGAUUAAAAUGAAUCAAAUAUUUUUAUAAAAUUGGUGAUGUAAUAUAUAUUUUUAGUAAAA